AGUAAAUGAAUAUAAUUACAUGAAGUCAUUGUGUACGUAAACAUAAUUACUAAUCAAUAAUUGAGCAAAUACAACAACUCUUAUGAUUUCUCACUUUUUCUGCACUAGUUUUGCUAUAAACCGUAGGUUGUUGUUCUCACUGCCGUGAAGUCAUUGUUGGAACUUAAUUGGAAUUUGGGAUGAUUCUCUGUAGCCAUUUUCUUUACUCUUCUCUUCUCUGCCUUCCUCAUUAUUAGGAUCUUCUAGCUGCUGAUGGAGAGAAAAGAGGGAGACAUGCUCACAUGCUUGUAGAAAGGAAACACUACUAAAAGAUCAGUGACAUAAGAAGGAUUGAUGAAGAGGAGAGAAACCUAGAUGAUGAGUGAUGUUCUUCUCUCACUCAGAAAGGUUCCAGCCUCCCAGGCAACCCUUUAUCUAUUGUUGGUUUGAAAGGAAGGAGAUAGAGAGGCAAAGAAAAUUGGAAAGAAGUGAUUUGUGAUUGUAGAUCUAUUCUGCUCUAUUUCAGAUGCAUAAAAAUGUAGCAAAAACAAAAAAAAAGCAAGGAUGAAAUAAAAGCAUGUCUAUACCGGACUUUUUGCAAGAACGUGUGUUCGAUGCAGUAGCCGGUUUCUUAACAGAGCAAGUAAACUAUGUAUGGGAUUACGAGAAAAGAUUCGAUGAUGUAAGCAAAGUUGUAGAGAAUCUCAAGAAUGACAGAGAUGAGGUGCGCGAUAGAGCCAAGGAAGAGGAAGGACGAUAUGGGAGAGCGAUAUACGAUAAUGUUUUAGAAUGGCUGGCUCGUGUGGAUGAAAUUGUUGUUAAAUAUAAUAAGUUCAAAGAAGAUCAUAAUAAUAAUGCAGGGUAUGCACUUGCUUUUCCAUUUCAAAAUUUAGACAUAAGGUAUCGUCAAAGCAAAAUAGCCGAACGUAUCAAAGAAGAGGCUGAAAAUUUGCAAAAUGAGAAGCGUGAUAGAAUAUCUCGCUGGCAGGGCCCACCUUCUUCAAUGGGUUAUGCGCUUCCUUCUGUUGAAUAUGAAGAGCUUAAUUCAAGAAAACAAAACAUGGAAGAUGUCAAGAAAGCCUUGGAAGAUUCGAGUGCUACAAUGGUUGGUGUUCACGGCCUAGCUGGUAUGGGAAAGACUACUUUGGUCAUAAAAGCUAUUAACACACUUCAAAGUCGAGAACCUAAGUUAUUUGAUAUGGUCAUUAUGGCAAAUGUGGGCAAAAAUCCAGACAUCAGAAAAAUUCAAGGCCAGAUUGCUGACAUGCUCGGAAUAACAUUGCAAGAGGAGAGUGAGUAUGCGAGGGCUAUUCGCAUAAGAGAUAAUUUGAAGAAAGGGAAAAACACCCUUAUAAUCUUAGAUGAUAUGUAUGCAAAAAUGGAUUUGGAUAAGUUGGGAAUUUCAUCAGAGAGUGGCGAUGACAAGAAGAAUCUCAUUCUCAAACAAGGAAUAAAAUCUUCUAAUCCCUCUGGAGCAGCUCAAACUAAGGAAGAGACAAAGACUGCUGAACAAAAGUCAGAAAUAGAUAGUAGUGGUAGAAAAAAUUUGAGAACUCAAAAAUCAAUAAUAACAGAAGAUCAUAAGACGAGAACAGGGAAAAAAAUUGAAGACACCUCUAGUGGUUCUAGUCAAGUAGGGAAAGCAGCACAAGAGAAUCAAAAAGGAUGCAAAGUUUUACUAAUUUCCGAGGCAAAACAAGUAUUAUACCAGAUGAAUGUGAAUGCAAAUUCAAUUAUCUUUGUGGAUGCCAUAAAACCUGAGGAUGAUGAUGAUGCCAAAAAAUUGUUCAAAAAAAAGGCAGGAAUAGCAGAUGAUGAUAAAAACUCUAAUCGUGCACGGUUAGCUAUUGAGAUUGCCAAGAAAUGUUCUGGAUUGCCCAUGUCAAUAGAGACCCUUAAAACACUUGAAAGGAAAAAGCUUACAGGAACAUCUGAAUAUUCUACAAAGUUGAGUUAUCAACUUUUAGAAAAUGAGGAACUCAAGCGUAUCUUCUUGCUUUGUGCUUGUUUGGGUCAAGAUGCAUUGGUCUCAGACUUAGUGAGAUUAUGCAUUGGUUUGGGUUUUCUUGAAGGCAUCUACACAGUAAGAGAUGGCAGAGAUCAAGUACAAAUGUUGCUUAUGCAUUUAGAGGAGUCAGGUUUGUUGUCUAACAGUUAUUCAAAUGAUCGUUUCACGAUGCAAAACCUUAUUCGCAAUGCAGCUUUGUUGAUAGCAUCAGAAAAUAAUGUGUUCGUACGGGCAAAAAGAAAACUAGAUGAGUGGCCUGAUGAUGAUAAACUCAGGCAGUACACUGCUAUUUUCUUACAUCAUUGUGAUGUCAACACUGAGUUUCCUAAAAGUUUAAAAUGUUCUAAACUGAGAGUAUUUCAUUUUCACAAUGACCAUCAACAUUUCAAAAUACCAAAAGACUUUUUUGGAGGAAUGGAAGAACUUAGAGUGUUGGUUCUGCUUGGCAUUGAUCUCUCUGAAAUGUCUUCAUCAAUGAAAUACCUAACAAAACUCCGAAAGCUUUGUUUGGAGCAAUGCAUUAAUCUAGAUGAGAACUUAUGCAUCCAUAUUGGCAAGUUUAUGAAGAAUCUAAGAAUUCUAAGCUUUUCUGGAUCUGAUAUUAAAAGCUUGCCUACUAAAUUGAAGGAUCUGUCAAAGCUGCAAAUUCUUGACUUAAGUAAUUGCUCCCAACUAAAAUCAAUUCAAGCUGGUGUAAUAUCUAGCUUGACUAAUUUGGAGGAGUUGUACAUGAGAAACACUUUGGUUGAAUGGAGGGUGGAUAACAGAGAGGAAACUGAAAACAAAAAUGCUAGUCUUUCGGAGUUGGGACAUUUAAGUCAAAUAACAAAUGUUGACUUACAAAUCCCAAGUGUUGCCCAUUUGCCAGAAAACUUGUUCUUUGAUAAGCUGCAUAGCUAUAAAAUUGUAAUUGGCUCGUCAAGUACACAUUUGGAGCCAGAUUUCAAGAUUCCGGAGAAAUAUCAACUGUUGAGGUAUUUGGCAAUACUGGAGAAAGAUGUUGGCAUUCAUUCUCAGAAAGGGAUCAAAAUGUUGUUUGAAAGAGUUGAGAAUUUGUUGCUGGAAGAACUCAACGGUGUCCAAGACAUCUUUUAUGCACUGAAUUUGAAAGGGUUUCCAUGUCUUAAGACUUUGUCUAUUGUGAGUACUUCUAGCAUUCGAUAUUUGAUCAACCCACAGGAGAGGAAGCAUCCCGAGAAUGCUUUUCCGAAACUGGAGACAUUGCAAAUCUACAAGCUCGAUAACAUGGAGCAACUAUGCUCUCGCGUGUCACUUUCAUCAUCCUCAUUUUGUAAACUGAAAGUUGUCAAGAUUAAGCUUUGUGGUUUAUUAAAGAAUGUCUUUUUAAUGUCUAUGGUAAAGCUUUUGGUUGCUCUUCAAACAAUUGAAGUUUCAGAAUGUAACUCUCUAAAGGAGAUUGUCUUUGCGGAAGAUAAUGCACAAGAUAAGCCUCUUGAGCUUCAAGAAUUACGCACUUUGACAUUAAAAUCAUUACCUGAGUUUCAUGGAUUCUGUUCCAUUUCAUCUACAGCGCAACAAAAAGUAUUGUUCGAUGAACAGGUUGAAUUCUCAAAAUUAGAGAGAUUAGAGUUGUGCUCUAUCCAAAUCCACCAAAUAUGGAAUGGCAAAAAUCCUCCUUUUGGAAAAUUGGUACACUUGGAAGUGAAUGGUUGUGAUAAUUUAAAAAGUUUGUUAACAUUGUCUAUGGCUAUAAAUAUGAAGACUCUCCAAAGUCUAUCUGUCAGCGAGUGUGACAACAUGAUGCAUAUUCUUCCCAACGAGAACAGCAAUGAUACUCAAAGUGAAAAGAAGGUUACCAUCUUUCCAAAUUUGAAGAGUAUUAAAGUGAGAAGCAUGAAGAGUUUGAGUGGGAUAUGUGAUAUUAAAUUAGAACUCCCAAAAGCCUCUUUCGAAAAGUUGGAGAGCCUAGCCAUUGAUGAGUGUCAUAAACUGGACCAUGUUUUCACUUCUAAUGUGGUGGGAAUAUUUCAGCAUGUAAGCAACUUAAGCGUUACUAAUUGUAAGUCAAUGAAAGCUAUAUUUGAGACAACGGCUUCAGCUUGGGAAAAGAAGCGAACUUCUAAGGAUGCAACACCCAAGUUGCAAGAUGUUCAUUUUGAAUCACUUCCAAAAUUAGAGCGUAUGUUCAACAUGAAGGAAAAACAGCUUCAAGAGAUACUUAAAUUAAACAAUUUGCAUAAGAUAUGGGUUCAAGAUUGUAAAAGGUUGAAAAGCAUAUUUUCUGCUCCUGUGGCCAAAACACUCGAAAAUAAUCUUGAAGAGCUUGUGGUCUCGGAUUGCUCUCAAUUGAGGGAAAUUGUUGCCAAGAAAGAAGAAGAAGAUGCCAGCAGUCUUACUAAAUUUAACUUUUUGAAACUGGCAACCAUCAAAUUUUUGAGACUACCAAAAUUCAAGAGUUUCUAUCCAGGAACUUAUGGAAUAGAAUUUUCAGCACUGAACAACUUGUUUAUUGAACAAUGUGACAACUUGGAACCAUUCAGAGAAGAAAUCAUAGAUGAACAACCAAAGCCUGCCCUCUCUCCUGAAACGGUAAUGAACAAUUUGAAGUCAAUUCAAAUUGAGUCGAGACAUGCAACGUCAUCGACUAACUAUGAUUAUCGAAGGGAUAAUCUAGAAGAGCUUCAAUUAUCUGGACUGAAGGAUACUAAAAUUCUGUAUUCUUUCCUUUAUAGCAAUCCUAAUAUGAAGAAUCUAUGCUUGAAUAAUGGUUCUUUUCGAGAAUUGGUGCCUCUUGAAAGGCUUGCUAAGAUUGAAAGCUUAGGUGUUGUCCCACAGCUGAAAAGCUUGAAGCUAACAGAUCUACCUUAUCUUGAGAACAUUGGCUUCGAAAGAGACCCAAUUCUUCAAAGGAUAGAGUCAUUGGUUUUUCAAAAAUGCCCAAGUUUGAAAACCAUAGCACCUUCUGAUGUAUUUCUCUCUAACUUGACAAAGCUUGAAGUGGUUGACUGUAACGAAUUAGAAUAUUUAAUGUCACCAUCAAUUGCUAGAAGCUUGGGUCAACUCAACAGCAUGAAGGUAAUUAAUUGUGAAUCUCUUGAGGAAAUUGUAUCAGAGGAAGGACAAGAAGAUAAUAAAGACAAUGAUGACAUCAUUUUCAAACAAUUGACGACAAUUGAACUUGUGUCUCUCGAGUGCCUCGAAAGCUUUUGCAGGUCCAAGAGUUGUGCGUUUCAGUUUCCAUCAUUAGAGAAAUUUGUGGUGAGUGCUUGUCCCGAAUUGAAAAGUUUCUCCCAACAAGAACACAUGAAACCACUGCCCAAGUUGGGAAAAGUAUAUGUUGUCCAUGAAAAAGACAAGGUGGAAGCGCACUGGACAAACAAUUUACAAGAAACAAUACGAGAUAUAUUCAACAAAAAGAUAUUUUUCAAAGGCAUGGAGGAAUUAAGUGUUUCUGAUCAUCCUCAUCUACAACAACUAUGGAAAUGCAAAGAAGAACUCCCACAAGGAGAAUUGUUUAACAAUUUGAAAACUUUGAAGCUGAGUGAUUGUGAGUUCGAACCAUACGCAAUUCCAUCAAAUGUUCUUUUCAGUUUCAAGAACUUAAAAGAAUUGGAAGUGGAUAGCUGCGAAAAAAUAACAGGAAUUUUUGAAAUGAAUGAUACUGAGAUCAAGGAAACAUCGUUCCAACUGAAGAAGCUAACUUUGAAAUCGCUUCCAAAUGUGACACAUGUGUGGAACCCGGAAAAACAAGGAAUUCUCAGCUUCAAAAGUCUACAAAUAGUGACUGUCGAAGGCUGUGAGGAUUUGAGAACUCUAUUUCCUAUAGCCUUGGCCAGAGAUCUUAAGAAGCUUGAGAAACUUGAUGUUAGAGAAUGUGAUGAGUUAUCCAAUAUUAUAGAAGGUGGAACUGUUGAUGAACAUCUUGUGUUUCCUUGUUUAACCACAUUGGCAUUGUUUGUUUUGCCAAAGUUUACUGGCUUUUGCUCUCAGAAGUUCACUCUGGAAUGCCCUGAGUUAAAUUGGUUGGGCGUAUAUGGUUGCAACGAUCAACUGGAGCUAUUUCAGAGUCAAGGAGAGGAAAACCAAAACACCACCUCAACUGCUAAGCAACCACUUUUCAUGAAUAUAAAGAUUUUAUGUUGGGCCGAGAAAGGAGUUUCUGACUUAAGCCCAACAAUUAGCCUUGAUGCAUGCAUUAUAUCAUGAGGCUGAAAUUUUAUAUUAAUGGGCCAGAAUAAAUAAUAAUGUUGCAGGCCCAAUGCUCUAUUGUUUGCUUUCCAUGCUUGAUCCGUUACACAAUUUUAUCAGGAAAGCAAAUGCUUAUUAAAUGGGCCGGUUUUGAUCAUUUUGUCACAAGCCCAAAAUCAUACUAAAGAGAAUAGCUUCCAUGCUUGGUCCGAAAUAAAAGAAAAAUGAAAGCAUAAUGCUUCCAACGGAACCAAGCUUUAACAAAGUGAUGGAUUUCAAAAUCUAUUACAUUGUUAAUUAAUGCAUGGGGAACAUGAGAGAGAAAAUACAGCUGAAUUGAUUGAUGGGUGUUAUGUCAAACACGCCACUCUAUGCUAAGGGAAGUAAAAGCAAGCUAUGCCUAAUUAAUUGUUUAACUUCUUUGCAUUACUUUUCUUCUCUUCAGAUUUCUUUCAUUCUCUCUCAUCUCUUUCUUCUUCUCUAUUCGGUCCUUGUCCAGGAAACAAUGGAGGCCGUGCUCUUCAACGAAGAAAAGGAAAGAGAAGCAUGCAUCAAGACCAUCAAGCUAAUGAUGGCAAGAAAACAUACCAAAAGAAAGAUGAGCUGUGGCUAGGAUGCUUACCAAAUAUGGUUAGAUUUGGUGAAGCAAUCUUGAGCCUUUCAUGCUCAAAAUGGAAGAAGAAGAUUCGGCCAGCUAAGGGAGAUUCUUGGAGCAUGGCUUGUCUUCGAAUCUGACCAACCACCACAGGGAGUAGCUAGAGUGGCGAAGUGAUGGUUGGAGGCAGAGUUUGAAGCAGAUGAAGUCAUCAUCAUCAUGAGGCAUCAAGGGCCAGAAAUCCAUCUUGGAGAGCAAGCCAAGGAUGGAGAGCCCGGAUUGAUGAAGGUUGAUGAUCAAGAAAGGACUAGAGGUAAUUGCAUGUUGGUUAAUGCAUGGUUAUCUCUUCUCUCUCUGUGUGGCCGAACCGGUUUGUUGAAGGAGGAAGAAAGUUGGUUCGGUUUUGGCUUCAAGUGUGGAGGCUUUCCUGUUUCUUUAAAAAGGGGGAACAACCACUGUUUGAAGUAAGGAGAAAAUUUGAGAGUGCAAGGCACAGAGUUCUCAGAGCUACCUGAGCUAACAGAUUUCUCUUCUCCUUCAAUGUAUUCUGUUUAGUAUUUUUCUGUUUAAUUUUGUCAUGUCUUGAGUCUCAUGGUAAAAGGCAAACAGUGAGGUUUGUAAUGAAAAAGCCAUAGAGCGGAAAAAGGCAGAAAGUGCAAAAUUAAGAGAAAAAGCCAUAGAUGUCUUAGAGGUCCUUUGUUCAUCUAUGUUGUGUAUCAUGAUUCUGUUGGAAUCCCCUUGUAAGUUGGGUUAGCACUUUACAAGUUGUAAUCUGGUUGAUUAUAGUGAAAUUCCAUCAUGUUUGUGAUGGAGACUGGAUGUAGGCUGCACUGCACUUAGCAGCCGAACCAGGAUAUAUCUGGGUGCAAGUUCUUUCUCUUUCUACUCCAUUUCUGUUUUCUGCCACACACGAGCAAAAGCUAGAAUUAUCUCGUGCCAAGUGACGAGACGAAACAAAAAGUCUCGUGGCAAGGGACGAGACAAAACUGAGUUGCUCGUAUCCAGUGACGAGCAAGAAACAGAAAAGUCUCUUCAGAAGGACAGCAAGUGUUAGCCUCGGAAAAAGGGGGCUAAGAUUCAACCCCCCCUCUCUUAGCCACUGAAACCAUCAAUAAUUUAUAUUGUUAUUUGUUAUAAUAUCUUCUAAGGUAAAGGAUAUUUCCAAGAUGGAAAUUUUGAUUCUGAAUUGGAGACACACUGAAGCUUUAAGUUCAUGGUUGACAAAAUUGAAUAACGAAAAUCUUGAGAGUUUGAAUGAACUUGUCCUUGUUGUUGAUGAUGGGAAGAGUAACUGUAAUGUGGCGGUUAAAUUAUUUGAGAAGACACCCAAGUUGGAAACACUGAAAGUAAUAGGCCUUUACUGUGAUGAAAUCCUCAAAAAUAUAUUUCCCUCCCAUGAUAAAGCUACUAAUAAGGAGAUUCUUGGAAACUUAAAAGAAUUGUACCUAUUCAACUUAGAUGAGUUGAAAUCCAUGAGUGGGGUAGAAUACUUGUCAAAUCAGCUGCGUCUAUUACGUGUUUCUUAUUGUCCAAAAUUGACAACAAUAGUGCUACAAUCUCCCUCCUUUCUAAAAGAACUGCACAUAGGAGCAUGUGAUGCAAUGCUGCGUCUAUUCAUAUCUUCAACAGCGAAAAUGCUAAUACACCUUGAGGAGUUGCAAGUUGAGAAGUGCAGAUCUUUGAAAGAAAUCGUGGGGGAAGAACAGCAGAGUGCUAUGACGGAAGACGAAGUUAUUGAAUUUGAGCAGCUAGAGAGGAUAAUCCUUCGAUCUUUGGAAAGCCUGGAAUGCUUUUAUUCAGGGAAUGCCACUUUGAAGUUGCCCUCUCUCAUUCAACUGGACAUAGUGGAUUGCUCCAAGAUGAAAGUUUUCUCUCAUGGAAAUGUCGGCGUUUCUAGAAGCAUUCAAGUUUCUUACAACGACUCAAGUGAUGAUUUUGUCUUCCUCCGUGAUCUUAAUAAUGCCGCUCUAGUAGUAUUGCAGUCUCUAAGUCAGGUAAUAAAUAAAGACCCUUCUCCAAAUAAAAUUUUACUA